AUGAUACAUUUCUUCCUUACCUUUCCUUUUCCCUUCAUAGAAACAGCUAGCUACUAUGGUACAUUUCUUCCUCUACCUCGUUCCCUUUCCUUCAUAGAAACAGCUAGCUACUAUGGUACAUUUUUUUCCUCUACCUCGUUCCAUUCUUCCAUUUCUUCUACCUCAAACUUUCUUACAUUUCUUCCUCUCCUCGUUCUCUUUCCCUUCAUAAAACAGCUAGCUACUAUGGUACAUUUCUUCCUCUACCUCGUUCCCUUUCCCUUCAUAGAAACAGCUAGCUACUAUGGUACAUUUCUUCCUCUACCUCAAAAGCUAGCUACUAUGGUACAUUUCUUCCUCCCUCUCGUUCCCUUUCGUUUAUGCUACCUACUUCAUUUCCUCUACCUCGUUCCCUUUCCCUUCAUAGAAACAGCUAGCUACUAUGGUACAUUUCUUCCUCUACCUCGUUCCUUUUCCUUCAUAGAAACAGCUAGCUACUAUGGUACAUUUCUUCCUCUACCUCGUUCCUUUCCCUUCAUAGAAACAGCUAGCUACUAUGAAACAGCUAGCUACUAUGCUUCCUUUUCCUUCAUAAAACAGUUACAUUCUUCCUCUACCUCUUUCCUUCCUUUCAGAAACAGCUACCUACUAUGGUACAUUUCUUCUCUACCUAGUUCCUUUCCUUUCAUAGAAACAGUAAAUUUCUUUCUAGUUUACUUUAUGGUACAUUUCUUCCUACCUCGUUCCUUUCCCUUCAUAGAAACAGCUAGCUACUAUGAUACUAUGAAACAGCUAGCUACUAUGGUACAUUUCUUCCUCUACCUCGUUCCCUUUCCCUUCAUAGAAACAGCUAGCUACUAUGAUACAUUUCUUCCUCUACCUCGUUCCUUUCCUUUUCAUAGAAAACAGCUAGCUACUAUGAUACAUUUCUUCCUCUACCUCGUUCCCUUUCCUUUCAUAGAAACAGCUACCUACUAUGGUACAUUUCUUCCUCUACCUCGUUCCUUUCCCUUCAUAGAAACAGCUAGCUACUAUGGUACAUUUCUUCCUCUACCUCAUUCCCUUUCCUUUCAUAGAAACAGCUAA